AUGGCGGAUACCAGGAGAAGGGAAGAUACUAACAAUCUUCCUAAACAUGUUUGUCUAGUUUUUAAUAAAUGUUUACUAUUUUUGACACCCCUGGAUAAAAUUGAAAGGGAGCUGUUCAAAACGUCGGAACUUUUAUCUUAUAAGGGGAUUUUAACAUUGACAAUUUUCAAUUUAGAUGGGCAUUUGAACGAUUAUUUUUAUAAAAAGUAUGGUAAAUGCGCCAGUAGGGUCGUAGAUUGCCUAUAUUCUGGACCAAAAUCACUUUUAAAUCAUGUGUAUUUAAGUCCCUCGGAAGAUUUUUCAAACUCAAAUCACACGCUUUUGUAUUUUAUAAACAGAAUUACUAAUAAACUUGUGAUUUCAACUUAUGAUAAGGACACUCACUCGAAGCAGAGGGGCCUCCUGCUUAUUUUAAUUGAUCGCACACACUCACACACUAAGCUGUUAAACUCAAAUAAUAUUUCACAUACUGGCAGUUUAAAUGGAACUGAUGCUAGUUGUCAAUAUGAGGGCGGUAGCAAUGAACCUGCUUGGAUUCGCGAGAAGACUAAGAAGGGAGUAACCCUGGAAUACUCGGUUCCUAGCCACGCUUCUAUAUCUCAGCCCGAGUUACAGGAGCUGGUUUGCAGUUUCAACGGAGUAGUUACGUCUCUGCCGGACCUUCUCAUAUCUUUGAGGGCUAGCCUUAAGGACUCUCUCGCUUUCAUCGCAAACUAUCUGUGUCGCCUUUUCAUGCACAUUUACCAUAAAUUGGCACGUAGGGACUCAGAACCGUUGUGUAAACCUGACUUUGGACUCAUUUACUCGGCUUUUCUGGUAGGCCUUGGCAACCUUUUCCGGGCUGGGAUGACCAUCAUUCACUCUUUUGGCCCUGAGGGUAUUCAACCCUGGUUCCUAGCCGAAGCAGAGAUAUACGAGUCUUUGGGCCUGGGCGUCACCGAUAUCCACAGCUGUGUACAAGUAUUCACGAAUACCGUGAGGAGAUGGGGGAAGUAG